UGAAAGUUAUCGUCCUCUAUAAAGCCGGCACGUUUCCUCUAGUAAUCACACUUCGACUACAGACUUACGACUACUGCCAAGUAAAGUUACUUGAAAAUCAACAAUGGCCUCUCGCAUACCUGGGCUCUUCCUUGCUUUGUGCGUCCUCUGGUGUUGCACAUGGGAGACCUUCGGAGACAGUAAUACUGUACAAGAUUGCUGCUUGCAUGUCAGCAACCAUCCUAUUCCAUUCAAACUGGUGAAAAGCUACAAAAAGCAGGAGCUGAGUAAUGGCUGUCUCAUUGAGGCCAUUGUGUUCAUUACCAUAAAAAACAAGAGUCUAUGUGCACCUGUUAAUUCUCGUUGGGUUACAGCUCUGCAGAAGAAGAUUGACAAGAAAUUACAGUCAUAUAAAACAGUUCCAGGGAGAAAUGAAUCCUUUAGGAACUAAGGCAGAUAUAUCUCAACUCUUUCCUGGUGGACUUUUUGUGGAUUUUUUUGCAAAUGUGAAAAUUGAAGCAGGUUAGCACAGUUGCUGUCUGGAAAAAAUAGUGAGAUUUGCUGGGCUCUUUGAUGUUCUGCAUGUAUCUGAAAAUCCCAGCCUGCAUUUAAUGUUUUCAUUUAGGCUUUUACGUUCAUUUUCAUAAACACGCUUUAAAAAAGUGUAUAUUUCUGCUCAAUCUGCAAAUAUGAUUUUAUUUUUUUCAAAAGCCAGGCUGAUUUUGGCAUGUGCAUUUUUUGCUGUUAAGGAGCAUUUUUACCUUCAUGAUUUUGGUCUUUGCAAAAAAAGAAAAAAAACAAAAUCUAUUAAUUUGUUAAACUGAACAAGUUUCAUCCCUUUCUAAAUUAGGCAAAUUAUUGAAUUAAAGAAAAGUUGUCAACUGAUAAAAAAGUUAAUUUUCCCAUUUUAUGUAUUUUUAAAUUUAUAUUGAUGAAUUAAACAUCAAAUACAGACAUUUAAUGUUAAAUUAAAUGUAAUGUUAGUCAUCUUUGUAUUUCUCUAAAUUUGGAUUCCUCAUUUUCAGUUGUUCCCCACUGUACACAAAGUUUCAUGUUAAACCUGUAAUUUAUAAAGAAUUAAAACUCAAUGUUUGUCAUAUUAUCCUGUCACUUCAUGCCCUGUCUGACAGCAUUAAAGACUAUUGUAGAAUGUAUAUGAAUGUAUGUGAAUAUUUUAAAUUCAUGUGUUAUAUUAAUAACAUUUUUGUACUUUUAUAAUAAAAUGUAUUCAUAAACUCUUAAA